CAAAAUUAAGAAAGACAAGGAAAUGCAUUGAUGCAUAUUGGUGAAAAUUGACUAGUUCAUCUUUGGUGCAGCGAGGGUUAUUCAAGUGAUGUUUAUUGUUGGAGAGACUUAUUAGUGACCAACGAUGAUGGGAUUGAUCACUAGUUAAUGGAUCGUAAACCACAAUUAGAAUCUCACAAAUCAAAGAAAACAACAAAAAACGCAUCGAAUGCAAAUUGGUGAAAGGUGCAGCGUUUGAACGAUAGCCCGUGGCCGCUUAAUAACGUGAAGGCUGCGCUGUGAUGCUCAGUGAUGCUGCUGUCUCUCGGCGCAGGUGAUUGUCAGCGGCAGUGAGGGAAUCACCGCUCUUCACUCUCGCGCUCCUCCAGAGCUCCACAGACCUUUCGUCGCUCCAGCACCGCCUGCGCGAGACGCGGAUGACAAAGUUAAAACCGCAGGUGCGCGAAUCGAAGCGUCCGUUUGCAGGCGUUACCGCGAAGAAGAGGAAUUGCAUCGCGAGGCGUUCUGCGAUGGCUUUAUGAGGUUGUGUGUGAGAUCUCCGGGAACAAUCGAGAGCAGAAUGCAUAGACACGCGACGAGAGAGACCUUCCUCGUCCUCUUCCUCAUCAUCAGUCUGAUGUGGCCCAUACAUUCAGAGAUCUCCAACUGCGUCAUCAAACGUGAGGAGGAGAGAUGCUUGGAGAGAAUUGCCCUGCACAACCCUAAAGAUGACAGCAACGUGGAGUGUCCGUGGGAGUGGGACAAUCUGACCUGCUGGAAGGCGGCCAGCGUCGGCGAGGUCGUGGAGGUCAACUGUCCCGAGCUCUUCGAGUUCAUGAGUCCAGAGGAGGGACUCGGCAAGAUCAGCAGAAACUGUACAGAGUUCGGUUGGUCUGAGCCAUAUCCACACUAUGUUGAUGCCUGUAUGACUGGUGACAACACAACCAAACCUGACAUAUACUAUGCGUCUGUGAAAGCUCUUUAUACGGUGGGCUACAGCACGUCUCUGGUGUCUCUGACCACAGCUAUGGUCAUUCUGUGCCGCUUCAGGAAGCUUCACUGCACCAGGAACUUCAUCCACAUGAACCUGUUUGUGUCUUUCAUCCUGAGAGCCAUCUCCGUGUUCAUUAAAGACGGGGUCCUGUACGCUGAGGAGGACAGCGACCACUGCUUCGUUCACACUGUUGGGUGUAAAGCAGUGAUGGUCUUCUUCCAUUACUGUGUGAUGUCAAACUACUUCUGGCUCUUCAUCGAGGGUCUCUAUCUCUUCACGCUCCUGGUGGAAACCUUCUUUCCUGAGAGACGCUACUUCUACUGGUACACCAUCAUCGGCUGGGGAACGCCCACCAUUUGUGUGACCAUAUGGGCCGUUCUGCGCCUUCAUUUUGAUGAUUCUGGUUGCUGGGACAUGAAUGAUAAUACUGCCCUCUGGUGGGUGAUCAAGGGACCCGUUGUGGCGUCAAUCAUGAUUAAUUUUGUCCUCUUCAUUGGAAUCAUCAUAAUCCUGGUGCAGAAGCUGCAGUCUCCAGACAUUGGCGGGAACGAGUCCAGCAUCUACCUCAGCUGUGCACAGAAAUGCUUCAGUGAGCCCACACAGGCCGCCCAGCAUUCGUGCAGGAUGUCAGAGCUUUCUACCAUCACGCUGCGUCUGGCGCGCUCCACCCUGCUCCUCAUUCCUCUGUUCGGAAUCCACUACACUGUUUUCGCCUUCUCCCCGGAGGAUUUCAGCAAACGGGAGCGACUGGUCUUUGAGCUGGGCCUGGGCUCCUUCCAGGGGUUUGUUGUUGCCGUGCUGUACUGCUUUCUGAAUGGAGAGGUGCAGUCGGAGAUAAAGAGGAAAUGGAGGAGUUGGACGGUGAACAGGUACUUUGCUGUGGACCUGAAGCAGCAGCGUCACCCCUCGCUAGCGAGCAGUGGGGUGAACGGGGGGACGCAGCUGUCCAUCCUCAGCAAGAGCAGCUCGCAGAUACGCAUGUCCAGCCCUCUGGCCGAGACGGUCAACCUCAAUCUGCCCACCUGAGCGCCUGAUUGGCCCGUCCGUCCAUAAGCCCCGCCCUCCAACUCACCCUCUUCACCUGCAGUCGGGCCGACCAACCACAAUUAGACAAGAACUAGUAAUAAUUAAAGAAAUCUCUGGAUAGCAUUUAAAGAUUACAAACAAGAUCCCGAACGUAUCACCCAUUAUCGGUUAGAAACGAUUCGACCAGGGAAAUAUUAAUAGUGCCAAAACUGUUUUGAGCUUAAAAGUUGCAAUUCAGGUUAGGAAGCUUUUUUGACCACAACUCAACUUUUUGAAGGCUUUCUAAUUAAUCUAAUGAGUAAAUAAGCAUAAAAGAAUGUUACUUUCAAUCAAUAAUAAUGCGGUACAGGGGCUGUACGAUUCACACCGCAAUGCCAAAACGAGAUCUCGGCGGAAAUUGGAGUGAAUUUUCAUAUCGCAUUUUGAGCCAUAGAGAAUGUGAACGGUUUGUGGUUAGAAUGUAGUCUGAGAAACAUCGAUCCAUCCAACAGCACAUUGCUUUAGUUUAAGUGAAAAUCAGAUAUCAGAGAGAGAGAGAGAGAGAGAGAGAGAGAGAGAGCGGGUUAUAUUUCAGUGUUACGUUAAAAUAUAAUAAUAUAAAGUGCCAAAACAUGAAUAUUUCAGUAUUGUUUUAUCUGCAAGCUACUGUGUUUAUCAAAAGUACACUAUAAAAGAAAAUUUACUCGUUGCUCGUUCAGAUGCUGUGUAUUUGAUUUAAUGUUCUCCACAGAGAGAUUGUAAAAUGUAUUUUUUUACAAUCAGCCGUAAGUACAAAGUAUGUCAAAGACUUAUGAAUGACUCAUGAAUUUAGAUUAUAUGUAAAUGUUGUUAUGGUUUUGUGAUUUAGCUUUUGGCUUGUGUUUUCUUAUUGUCAUGCGAAUGGUUUGUAACUACAGAGCCAAUAUCAACAAAUCAAGGAUUGUCAAAAAAAACAGUUCCGUAAACAAUUACUGGAGCGAGGAGGCUAUUCCACAAUUCCCUCUGAUUUAUUCUAAAGUGCCUGAUGGUCACAAAAAUAGCUUUGAUGGAUCUACUCUAAACAACCAGUGCCAUGCAGUAUUGAUUUAAUUAUUAGUCUUUAAGUAGAUUUGAUGAACAAUUUCAUUGUUCAAGUUUGCUUUUACAAUCUUUAAUGUCUACAUACUGUAGGAACGUAUUAAUUUAUACGCAGUAUUAGAGUGCAUAUUGACAUUGUAGAGCUUUGAAAUGCGCAAAUCAAUGCCAUUAAGUUACUAUCAGGUGCAUUAUAAAUGCUUUUAGGGCUGACGUGUUCAACUGUGAGAGAAAUCAGACAUUUAAGUGAGAUGUGAAAGUGCUAAAAGGAUAUUUCACCCAAAAUCGCUGAUUCUGUCAGAAUGCACUCACCUUCGUGUCAUACCAGACCUGAUUUUUUAAAUGUUUGUACUCUUAGAAUAAUAAAGUAAGAAAUGUUAAGCUCCAAAAUAGCUCUCAUACGAAUUACUUUUGUGAUGCUUUUUGUUUUUGUUGUUCAUAUUCGAGCUCGGCAGUCUGUGAUCACUAUAUGUUGCAUGUAAACAAGUGAAAUGGCACGAAGAUGAGUGAAUGAUGACGGGUUUUGAUUCAUUUUUGAGUGAACGCUUUUAAUGCUUGAGAGACAGGUAACCCCCAACCCUUUACGAGUACAAUAUCUGAUGUCAAUCUAUGAAUCCAACCAAAUUUCAUGCAUCACCACUGACUGACAAUCAUAAUUAGUUAUCAUCACUCACGUUUCGCGAAAAAUAACAUGCAUCAGUGUGCAAAGUGGCAAGAGCGUCUGCUAAAAGUGUUGUUUAUUUCAGUACAGUAUUCUCUGCCGUGAGUAAAUUUUCCGUAGACGCACAUGUGCCAGUAAAUGAUAGAUGUACCAGCGCUCUCUCUUUAGUCAACACUUGGGGUCAUAAAGUACCAACGAUGUAUGUAAAACUUCUGUGAUUAUAAACGUGCCGAUUUUGAAAUGCAAUACGCUUUUGUUGCAGAUCAUAGCUGUCGGUGAAUCACAUGGUGGCAGAGUUAUGGUGAUUGUCGAAAUGUACAGUUGUGAUGGUCGUGUAGAUCGCGCAGAUCUUUUAAAAAAUGUUUUCUUUUGAUUGUUAUGUGUGAUCGACAAACGAGACUGCAAAAAUAAUUACAGUAGGUUUCAACGCCCCUCAUCUUUCAUUGGCUGGAUCAAACAUAGCCCCGCCCAUCGUGCGGUUAGUUGAGACGGAUCGCGCUUUUCUUUGAAAAAUAUUUCUGAUGUAAAAUACCACUUCUGUAUUUAAUUAUGCAGAGACAAAUAUAAAAUCAUUUGUAGCUGGAUUUUUGUAAAAAAAAAAAUUAAAAAGUGUAAACACUGUGGCUCUUUGGUGCUAAAAGCUUGUUUGUUUGAGCAUCGCCAACUGCAGCAUUAGCUCAAGCAAUGGUGUGGAAUCGGGGCGGGAGUAUCCGGCCAAUGGCAAAUGAGGAAAGUCAUUAUUUUUGCAAUUCUGCUCAGUUCGGCGGGAAUUAAACCCUUAAGUUCUCACCACUGAUGACAAAAGCAUUUGUUUCCGAGCUUUCUCAUUUUUCUUAUCCUCUUUAUUUUUCGACCUGUAAAUACUAUGAUCUUGAACAAGCUCCCAGUGAUAGUGAACUUGUCUGUAGAAAUAAAUUGUGAAUCCUAACGGAGAGCGAUGUUGCUUGGAUCACGUGACCUUACAGCUUCAUAUGUGUUUGGAUAUAUGAGGGCCAGAGCUCCCUCUGUGGCUCUUUCUAGAUAUAUCUGCAUGAAAAAAAGACAAAAAAGAGACAGUCUCUGCUGCUUUCUAUGUUCUUGACACCAGCUGUCAUUCUGAGUGUGAGCUCAGAAGGUAACGACCAUGUCUCAAAGCUGUUACAGACGUGUUUUCUUGUGCUUGUAACACAUCUGCCUGCCAGUGGGUGACGCUUUUUCUUUGAUUGUAUAUUUGAGCACUGUAUAUUUGAGGAACGAGGAGAUAAGUGGGAGAUUUGACGUGUCUCUGGUGUAGGUCUGACAUGUUUCAUUGUGUCUUUGAGAUGUCUUCAUAUUGUGGACUAAUUCAUUUCAAUCUGAAUGUAACACUCAGACAACAACUGUAUCGUACAUUCAGCUGCUCUGUAAAGCUGCCUGCUAUUUCUUCUGCUUUGAUGUAGAAAUGAUGUCCAUGUUUGACCUGUGAACAUUUUUGUACAUGUCUGAAUUCCAUUCUUGACAAACAACUCUUGAAUUUA